CCCCACGCAGCCGUCGUACGAGUGUCUCCUAAACCAUACCCUUAGCGCACGCCUCGUACCUGCCCUACCGCCAGUAGUUGAAAUCGCAAGCCAAGAAAGGACUGAACUUUGACUUAACUACUUCCACGAUAAUGCCGCUCAUCUCAGACUUCCCCGCCCUCCCGGGGCUUUACCAGUUGCUGUUCCUGCACAUCGAGCCUACGUCGACGGCCCUGCCCGCCCUGAUGGCAUGGCUGUUCCCCGGCGCUGCGUGGUUUCACCACGAGCUCAUCCCGGACGGGAGCCCCAUCCCUGCCGCCCUCGAUCCGCGUACGACAAUGGCCAUCUGGCAGCUUGGAAACUGUUACCUGCUGCUCGGCAUGAUCUCCACGUUCGUGUUCCGCGCCGUGCGCGACGCGCUCCCGGGCAACCCUGCCGCGCAGGAGCGCAUCAUGGGCGCAAGCUUCCUUGCCCUUGCGCUCGCGGAUGUGACCCACAUCCUGUGGUCCUUCGUUGGCCUCCCCGCUGAACUCAAGUACGACUUCGCGCGCUGGAACUCGAUGACGCACGGCAACAUCACCUUCGUCGUCUUUCUCCUCAGCAUGCGGCUUGCUUGGUUCGCAGGCAUCGGGCGGAAGCGGUACUAUUUCGGCCAGCCCGCAGUUGCGACGAAGAAGAGGUCGUGAGGAGGGCUGCUCACGAGCCUUCAGCGGUUUGUACGAACUGUACCAAAUGUACCAGUGUUGUGUACAUCUACCUCGCAAAUCGGUGUGACACAAUACCGUGUCUUUCAAUUUCAUCCAAUGCU